CCCGCGAAAACAAUCAGCUGGCGCGUUCGCCUGUAUUCUGUAUUCUCCUGUCAGUUGUGUUCUAAACGUGGUCGAGUGAUUACAGUCGAAACAAAAACAACAAGAAGAUGUUCAAUGCUUUGGCCAGUUACCUCCUAGGAGCACCAACCACGACCAACUCAACUGAUGAGACGGAAGAGAACAACAAUUUAAGACUGACUUCUGUAGUGUCUGACGAUGAUUGGGUAGUGGUCGAUAGGGAUGACGAAAGGGACAGUAUAGGCAAUUCCGAAGUGGAAUCGGACUUAUCAGAACCAUCGGACGACUGUGAUAACACUAUCGAUAACCAUCACUAUUUGCCUUGUCUCUUAACAAGAACUAGUUCCGUCUCAUCGUUACCGUGCACCACAAUCGACGAAUCGUGGUACAUUACUCCACCCCCUUGUUUCACAUCCGCUGGUCCCAUUGUAAUGGAAACUUCGCCCCUAGAGAAUCUUUUAAUCGAACAUCCUAGUAUGAGCGUCUAUCAUCAACAUUCCCAAAGAGGAAAUCAUUAUGUUAGGCAUAAUUUGGAAACUGUACCUGUUUUUUCUGUAGAAAAGUUAGUCGAAGAUGAAACAUUAGAAACCAGAGAGGCACCUGUACAACAAGUACAAGACAGGCGUCCGAGAAAUGACAGAACAAGUCUCGUGCCACAUAGAAGUAGAUUAGAUAUUAUCAAACAAGAAGAGAAGCAAAGGCUCAAAACAAAACAAGCACAAAAGGUACAAAUCCAGAAGGCAUGUCAGUCGCUUAAACGUAGGUACCUGGAACGCAAUAAUAAGGCUCGUGAAGUAAACAAUCGCAACAGACGACAGCGUCGUGGUGAGAAGUCACAAGGCGCAAAUCGUUCUUAUGCUAACAAUAACAGAAAGUGCUGAGAGCACAAACCUGAUCUCAUCGUCAAAAACGCCAACCUAAUACAUGUGAGAGUAAGUUGUACAAAGUAUGCUGAUGUAUAUUUUUCAAGUCUUUUAUCCCUUCCCAUUUUCUUCUUCCUUACACGCAUUACAAUUUUAUUUCACAUUAAAUUCAAAAUUGACCUAUGAACAAGUCUAAAAAGUGCAAGUUAAAAAAUUAUUAAUAUCUUAAAAGCGACUUCAGGAAUGUAAUUCAGUACCUCAAAAAAAAAAAAAAGAUUGAAAUGGUAAUCAAUUUUUGGUAUUAAUAAGUGUAAUUGUAAUUCUAGAGUAAGUGGUAUAAUCGUUUCAAAUAUAGGUACCUUAUGUAUAUACAUAUUUAACUGCCAUUCAGCUGUGGUGUAUCAAUAUAUUUUAAAAACAAAACCUAUAGUUUGCUGCAAUUCGUGGUAACCCAUUUAUAGAAAAUCAAAGUAAAUUGUGAUUUUAGAAUGUAACCAAAGCACCUAGUUGUGUUCAGAUAUAUGUAUAAUAGGCAUACUUGAAGCAACUUACUUUUUCGGAAUUGGGUUAAAGAAGUAUUUUUAAUUUGUAGACCUUUCAUUAAUUUCAUUUCAUGUUUGUUGUAGUAGUAAUGUAAGAUUUAGAAUGCUUCCAACUUGUUUAUUUUCACAUUUAAUAUAUGUUGGCCAGGUAAUAUAAUUGAUUAACCAGUUGAUAAUAGCGCAACAAAAAGUAGGUACAAAAAAAUAAGAAAAUGUUUAAAAAACGCUAGACUAAUUUAAACUAAUAUUCAUUUUUUCUUAUAAUUUCACUGAAGUACUAUUGUCAAUUAUUGUUGCGCUAUUUUUAUAUUUCAGCAAAAGAGAAAAAAUCCGACUUCUCUGAAUCAGAGUUUUGUCAGAGAUUUAUAUCUUUCUUUAAGCGAUUCUAUAAGUCCAAGCAAAUUGUAUAGUUAUAAAUUUUAAAUCUAGCCAUGCUUGCUUAAAUUGCUUACUUAAAUAUGAACACGGAGUAUUUAAUAAUUUUAUACAGCAUGGGAAAACUCACAUACUUAUAAUAUGAUAAGUACGAUAUAUAUCAAUAACUUUUCAAAAAAAUAUCAAUGAAAUUAAAUAAGAAGUCGUAGCGUGCAAUUCAAAGAUCAAUAACUACUAAAUUACUAAAUUUAGUUAAAAAAAAAAUAAACAAGCAAUAAGGCCAGCACAAAAAAUUAUGUUUUUAACGUAUAAUUUGCAUAGCUUUUGAAACUGUUAUUUACUACAGAUAACUUUAUCACUCACAAGUAUUCUAUAUAAAUACGUCUUGUACAUAUAUUGUAUUAAUUUUAUUUAAUCUGACUAACUUAACUGUUGUUAUUUCUUUAAGUUACUAGUUGUGUUAGAAAUAAUUGUAUGAAUGUAACGAAUAUUGUGUAAAAAUAGUAUCUACUAGCAGGCUAGUUAUAGGAUGUAAAUAUUAUGGAGAGCUUCUGGUUGAAUGUUUUACAGGUGCACUUUCAUGUUGUAUGUGAAAUUCGAAUUUAAAAAAUCGAUUAAAAAAAUAACUAAACGAAAAA